CCUGGUAGAUCUUGAAUGAAGGUUUCUCUGUUUACUGCAUGCCUUAGGACAAUUUCUAGAGACUAUAAGUGAUUGUUUCUUUCUUUAAAAAGAAAAAACCUUGGCCAGUUAAAGUGUAGCUUUGCUGGGGAGAGGCCAGUCAGCCUUAUGAUGCCAUUCCAGAGUCCCCACCCCGUGCCGUCGCAUUCAGGUCGCAGAUGUUUCCUGAGCCCCACCGUGUGCCAGCCUUCAUCCUAGGCUCUAUGGAAGCAGCAAGGAGCAAGGCAGAUGGGGUCCUUGUGGCUCCUAGUGGCACGGGUAGUAUUAGAUCACAUACACAUGCACAUGUACACACAUACAUUCUGCAUGAAUCCCUGUCACAUCACCAUGUCACAUGCUCCAUAGAGGUAGGUGAGGCAUCAGGGCAUGUUUAAUGGUGCCUGGCCUCCUGGACUCCCUGGAGCCUAGAUGUCCUUCCCUCCAGAUCCUCCCAGAGGUGGCAGUGACCAGGCCACCUGCCUUGGUCCUGGGCUGAUGCUGACUCCUCUGAGAAGACCCAGCCUCGAGACAGGUUGCUGAUGUGUGGUGUGGCAGCCCCAGCAACUUGGGGCCCAUCAGUGUCAGUCCCCAAAGGAGGACACAGCAGGCAGUUGGAUAAGCAGCAAGGUGUCCCUGGGGCAGGUGGUGGUGGCCUAUGGUCCCAGAAUAGGGAGCAUUGGAAGAAUCUCCAAGCAAACCCCAGAAGGUACUAUCCUCCAAACUGCAGUGUCCCCUUCCCUGCCCCCAGCACUUGGUAGGCUGGCCUAGAAGUCCAGCUGGUCACUCUUGCCACGUGACUGCAGCCAUCCUGGUGCUGACAAAGGAGAGGCUCACAGGUCUCAAAGCUGAUCCCUCUGUGUGCUCAGGAAAAUAGGCGUGACUGGCUGAGACCAGAGCUGGGGAGCUGCCAGCAAGACACCUGUUGCGCCCCCUCCCCUUGGGUGCUGUGACCCAGGCCAAAGCUACAGCAUGGGCCUUGGUGUGCCCGGGGUGAGGUUGGGCAGAUGGACCACUUCCAUUAAGCUUUGUGGAAAGCCAAACCAGCCUCUGGACAAGGACAGCCCAGGCCCCCAGCAUGAGAGCCUCCAACAUAAAACUUCCAUUUUUUCCCAUGAUGUCCCCCCCCAGCCCACUGUAGGUGAAACUGAAUGGUCUUGCUAUGUAACUGCAUCACCAAAGGAUUACAAGAGGGUCUCAGAGGCCUCAGGGGAGGCAUUCCCUGGGCUGGGGUCCAGGUGACUGGCUUCUUCUGGUCCUGGAGGGCCAUGAGGAGGCCCACCCCUUUCUCCUCCCUGGGCCUGCUUCUAGAGGUCAGCACAAAGGGGCAGGACGGUGAUUUCUAGGGUCCUGGCCCGCUCUCACAUUUCCCAUAUCACUCCUUUCCCCCCAUAAGAGUGCCCUGAGAGCCUGGUAUCCCAGUCUGAGAUCCCACUGCCCGGGACAGGGGAGGCACCUAGGAGGGGAGGCGCCAGCAGGAAGAGGGCAGGGCCCCUUUAAGCCCAGCCUCACUUGCUCAGUCUGUUGCUAUGUAUGGUUCCAACUUCCUUAGCAACCACCAGCCUCUUAAAGGGGCCCUGGAAGCAGUGGUUGCCUUCAGCCAUGGCUCCCAAAAAGAAGGCAAGCAAGGGGGGCAAGGAGCCUGAGGUCAAGAAGAAGGGGGGCAAGAAGGAGGGCGGCAUGACCCUGAAGCCUAUGGAGAUGCCUCUGGAGGAGGAGACGCGGGAGUUCUACCACAUCCAGAUCCGAGACCUGGAAGACCGGCUGGCCCGGUACCAGCGGAAGUGGGAUGAGCUGGCUGUGCAGGAGAAGAUGUUUCGCCAGGAGUUUGACCAGCUGGCCAACAACAAGAAGGAGAUCGUGGCCUUCCUCAAGCGCACGCUCAACCAGCGGGUGGACGAGAUCACAGACCUCAACGAGCAGCUCCAAAGCCUGCAGCUGGCCAAGGAAUUGGAAAAGGACGCCUUCGAGGCACAGCUAGCCCAGGUGCGCCAUGAGUUCCAGGAGACCAAGGACCAGCUCACCACGGAGAACAUCGCCCUUGCGGGGAAGCUGGCAGCCCUGGAGGAGUUCCGGCUGCAGAAGGAGGAGCUCAUGGACAGGUUCAUGUUGCUGGAAGACCAGCUGCGGAACCAGGAGAGUGAAUACAGGGACUAUGUGUACAGCCUGGAGAAGAAGUCGGUGCUGGACAAGGACAGACUCAGGAAAGAGAUUAUUCAGCGUGUGAAUCUGGUGGCCACGGAGUUCCGCAAGGUCGCCACUAACCAGAUGUGGGAUACGACGAAGCGGGCCAUCCUGGAGAACAGCAGCGUGACCCUGCAGCUAGCCAAGAUGUCCCGGCAAGGCGUGCAGCUGAUGCAGGAGAAUGAGCAGCUCAAGGGCAGCCAGGAGGAGCUGUGCAAACAGCUGGAGCUGCUGGAGAACACCCAGAAGGUCAUGGCCAGGGACAGAAGGGGCCACCAGAAGAUCAUCCUCAUGCUGACCGAGAAGUGCCAGGAGCAGCAGCAGAGCACUGAGGAGGCCAAGCAGCUGCGCCUGCUGCUGAGCCACCUGGAGCAGAGCUUCCUGGAGCUGCAGACCGACAGCCAGGCCACGAGGAGCCAAAGAGACCAGCUGAACCUGCAGCUGGAGCAGCAGCAGGCUGAGGCACAGCAGCUGCAGCAGGAGCUGGCCGAAGAGCAGAGGGUUCGGGCCAGCCUGGAAAAGGCCCUGAACCAGGCCACCUCCAUCCUCCAGAACAUUCUGCACCAGAUGCAAGCGGAAGAAGAGGAGGGCGACCUCGAUGUGAUAUUCCAGCUGCACUGCAAAGAUAUGCUGCAGCAACUGCUGGCCGUGCUCAGCUCUGCCCUGAAACUCCCCAUGGCUGUGCGUCCCCGCCAGGAGUCCCAGCCCCAAGGCCCGUCCAAGGAAGGCCGGCCCAAUAUCCAGCCGCCCAAGGUCAGGUCUCUGCUGCAGCAGCUUUCCAGCACCGCAAUGUACCAGCCCGGGGAUCUAGGCCUGGUGCCUUACCAGGGCCACGUCCCACCUAACCCCCAGGACCUCAGGCUGCUCUCACAUACCACCCGCAUGAGGACCUUCCGGGCACACAGCACCCCUGAGAUCUAUGCCUCCAGUUCUCUAAAAAAGCUCAAAAAGUUUAGUCUUCCUGAUGUUCUCCUACACCCCAAGUAGGACACAGAGAGAAGACCGACCCCAUACUCCAGCAACGGACCGUUCUAGCCACAGUCCCCCCCUUUAAUCUGUAGGCAGCCCAGAGCAGCCCAGAGAACAGUGUAUAAAUAAUGGAUACCAA